UCCCCCUGCCCGCCAUGCCUGACGCAGCCGGCUCAUUCAACCUGACAGUCGGCAUGUCAAAGUUUGUCGCGGAGGUAAGAGCGGGAUGCCCCGAUUAAUCCAUGAACGGGAUUAUAGCAUUUGGAGGUGAUCCGGCAAACAUGGGCGACCUGGAGUGUGGCUUUGAGGAAAUGCAAGGCGUUCGACUGGGCUACCUGCUCAUCCAGGGCAAGCAGAUGUUUGCUUUGUCUCAAGUCUUCACCGAGCUGCUCAAGAACAUUCCGCGCACCACCGUGCACAAGCGCAUGGACCACCUGAACGUGAAGAAGCACCACUGUGACCUGGACGAGCUGCGCAAACUCAAGGCGAUCAACUCCAUCGCGUUCCACGCAGCCAAGUGCACGCUUAUAUCGCGGGAGGACGUGGAGGCUCUCUAUGUUUCCUGCAAGACGGAGCGAGUGUUGAAGUCCGGCAACAACAAAAGGAAAGCGACGUCGUUGUCUCCCGCCGGGGGCGGCCUCGCGGACGCCGAGCUUUGGCAGGAAAAAGUUUGGUUCAGCCUGCACGGCGUGCAGGACAAAGCGGCCCGCGGGAGGAGAGAGCCCUGCGACUCCAAACUACCUCACUUUUACCACAGAACCCGCGGACGAGAUUACCGUUCGGCCACCAAGUCCGCUCACAGACACUUUAAAAACUACGAAACGGCCAAGUUGCAAGGGAACCGGGCGGCUCCGGACCAGAGGCGCUCGCUUUUCCGGAGCGCUCCCGAAGCCGCGCUCCAGGCCGCCGCGGCUGCUCGCUCCAGGCUGUCUCGCGCAGCCGGCGACCUUCAUCCCAAAAGGAAGAGGAGGCGCGAAGGGGGCGGCGGAAGACCCCCCUGGAGGAGCAGACACCACCCGCACGUCCCGCCGGUGCUGCUCGUGCAACCCAAAUCCUCCAUUACGCACCGCGGCGCUUUCGGCGCCUUGCAGCUGAGCCCCGAUUUCUACCUUCACCCUCAUCACCUCGACCCGAGCUUCCCGGAGAGCAGCGACACCGAGUCCAGUACCUACUCGGAGCGGGCCUACCGCGACUCGGAUUUCGGCUCCAGCAGCAGCUCUGAGGAAGAGGAGGAAGAUGACGACGACACGCAGUCUGAGAGCACGGAGGUCAGCUCGGAUGCGGAGGAAGAGGACGAAAGCUCCUCUCAUUCAGACUCCAGCUCUGUUUCCAGCCGGAUUUCGGUUCAGAGCAUCCGGUUUAGGCGGGCCCGGGUGGGGACCCUCGCCAAAACUCUUAACCCUAUCAAGGCGCCUCUGGUUCUGCAGCCCACUUUUCACUACGACCACCAGCAGCAGCAGCAGCAGCGUGACAACUCACCGCAGAGCCAUGUUGCCGCUGAACACGAGCACUGUGAAAUCCGGGGGAAAUCGCCAUCCGCGUUCCUCUCGGUUAUUUUCACCGAGAACAAAUGCGAGAAGGAAGGAGCGAACGCUGAGUCGGUGGUCGAACGCGUCCGCUUUGAGCCACAGAUGAGCGCGACCCUCCGUGCAUCGCGCAGCACAUUGGCGUGUCCCGCCGACCAACACUGUGGCCGGGACAAAGGCGCGAAAUGCACCGGACAAAGACUGCCCACUCCGCCCGAGAAAAUAAAGACCGAGACGGAGGAGCUUUGCGUGACGGCGUCGCCGCGCUCCGAGAGCGGCUGCGAGGUGUCCGCGACGCCGCAUCUUGCGCUCCACAAAGUGAAAUUAAAAUCGGAACACUGUUGCGAUGAAUACGAGCGCCGGAGCCAGGCCGGCGCAGUCCCAUUCGAAGAGCCACCGAUCACCGCGGAGCAAUAUUCCGGCAACGCAGACGCGGCAGGAAGGGAAGCGAAAUCCGCCGGGAGUACCCCCGACGGAUAUAAAAGCGCCCGGGACCCACUCGAAGGGAGGGAGGCGAAGAGCCAAAAGUGCGGGGCUUCGGAGCUGGGGAGGAGAUCCGGGCUGGCCAGGGUCACCAGGGCUGCCUCCUCCUCCUCCUCCUCCUCCUCCUCCUCCUCCUCCUCCUCCUCCUCCUCCUCCUCCUCCUCCUCUCAGCCCUGCGUGGAAGACUCCGCGGAGAAUUUACCGAGCCGACGUAAACGCAGCAUUGCGAACGCUUCGACGUGCAGCGCCAAAAUGCCUUUCAGCCUCAUGGCAAACUUCCCGUUUUUGCCGUCGCUGGUGGUUGGCAGCGACGGGGAUCUAUGCCCCGCUUACUCCCUGAACUCUCUGAGGGGUCCCGGGCCUCCCCCUCCGUCUCACCCCGUGUGGCGUUGGCAGCCAGGCGGACACAUUCUCCCUCCCCCACACGCUCACAGAACCGGGAAAUAGGCCUGUUGAGCAGCGCGUAAAAACACAAAACAAAAAAAACUCAAAGACAAAAAAAAAAAAGCCGCCUCCAUCUCCAAACCUGGGAGCUUUCCUUUUAUUCUCCUCUUCUACAUUUGUUGCAAUUGGAUUCAAGGUUCAGAAAAGAAGAAAACAACACGGCUCAAUUGGAGUUUCAGCCAGCGCCCGCUGUGAGGCCCCUCCACGUGGAUCUAUAUAUAUAUAUAUAUAAAAAAAAAGAAGAAACCAACAAAACAAACAACUCUACCAGCCCUAAGUUCUCACGACUUGUCUUUUUUUUUUUCCAAAUAUGUUUUUUUCGUCGAGCCGUCGGAUUGUGUCGCUGCGCCAGCGUGUCUCCGGUCGCUGCUUCGUCCGAAAAGAAGUUGAAAAUCGAAUCACGCGGCAUUCCGCUCCAAGCUUCGGUGACUCUCAAAAGCUGAUAUCAGGGUUUCCCCAAUUGUGCGCCGCUCCUUUUUCCCAAUGUGUUUUCCCGUCACGAUUGACGCGCUGACGCAACAGCCCCCGCGAAGUUCCCAAGCGUUCCGUUUUACGGACUUAUUCAAGUGGGUUUUUUUUUUUUCGUAAAGUCUGUCUAUCACAGCUAAGCCUUUAUUAGAUUUGGGACAGGAAUAUUCAUGUAGAAUAUUCUGGUCGUUGGAGGAUUUUGAACUGGUUUUCUUGUUUGAAUUUCUGUGGAUGAGACCCUCGAGGCCCUGAGACACAUCCCGAGCCUUAUGUAUAUAGAGACAAUCACAAAAAAAAAUAGCAUGGAGGAAUGGAAAAAAAAAAAAAAAAAAAAAAAGGCUGAGC